GCCACAUUUUAAGUGCUGAAUAGCCACAAUAGCUGCUGGCUACCUAACUCGACGUAUCCCCCCCAAAAACCAAAAUCGCCCGAUAAAGUGCCAACGAAGCUCUGAGCUCAGGAAAAACGCGGAACCUGCAGUUCCGGAUAUUUUCACGAGAGGGCACCGAAGAGCACACCCGGACCAGCUGGAGGCGAGCGUCCGACCCCGGAAGCUAAUUCACACAGUUCUAUCCAGUUCCUUCGGCUUUCUCCACCCCCGGCUCCACUCAGCCUAAUCGCUUCAGGUCCUGAAGCUUGUGGCCGCGCAGGAUGAGCCGGACCGCUGAGCCGCGGUGUCCGCCGAGCAGGUGAAGAGCCGCAAGUCGUUCCCGGGCGCAGGAUCGUGCGGCACCCCCGAGCCACGCGCGGGCGGUGCACUCGCAGCCCCGGGACGCGCAGGUCCCAGUCACCAGCGGGCACAGACGGUGGAGAGCCCCGGCUUGGAAGGCGUCGCCCGGCUACAGCCAUCGCGUUGUCUUCUCUUCCGAGGUUGCCGGGGCCGAGCCCGAGCUCCCAGUGCGCUCGCCCGAGCUCCCAGUGCGCUCGCAGGCCUCCUGCAAUGAUUCAGAAGUCACGCCCCGCCGCGCUGCUGCAACCCCAAGAUGUCGGAGACAGGGUGGAAACGCUUAUGUUGCAUCCGGCGAUGAAAGCUUUCCUGUGUGGCUCCAUCAGUGGGACCUGCUCUACCCUCCUUUUCCAGCCCCUGGAUCUCCUCAAAACGCGCCUGCAAACUCUCCAGCCCUCGGCCCCUGGGGCCAGACGCGUAGGGAUGUUGGCGCUGCUGCUGCAGGUGGUCCGCACGGAGAGUCUUUUGGGCCUUUGGAAAGGGAUGUCUCCUUCCAUUGUGAGGUGUGUCCCUGGCGUUGGCAUCUACUUUGGCACUCUCUACUCUCUGAAGCAGUACUUGCUGCGCGGCCACCCCCCCACGGCCAUGGAGUCAGUCAUACUGGGGGUGGGUUCUCGCUCAGUUGCAGGGGUCUGCAUGUUGCCCAUCACUGUGAUCAAGACACGUUACGAGAGCGGGAGGUAUGGCUACGCGAGCGUCUAUGCAGCCCUGAGGACCAUCUAUCGCAGCGAGGGGCACCGAGGCCUCUUCAGUGGCCUGACAGUGACACUCCUUCGUGAUGCACCCUUUUCUGGAAUCUACCUGAUGUUUUACAAUCAGACCAAAAGCAUCAUGCCCCAUGACCAAUUGGAUGCAGCCCUUAUUCCUGUUGUAAAUUUUAGCUGUGGAAUAUUUGCUGGUAUUCUGGCCUCACUGGUAACUCAGCCUGCAGAUGUUAUCAAAACUCACAUGCAGCUCUCUCCAGUGAAAUUUCAGUGGAUUGGCCAAGCAGUGACAUUCAUCUUCAAAGACUAUGGGCUGCGUGGCUUCUUCCAGGGUGGUGUCCCCCGGGCCCUCCGCAGGACUCUGAUGGCAGCCAUGGCGUGGACAGUCUACGAGGAGAUGAUGGCCAAGAUGGGCCUGAAAUCUUGACUGGGAGGGGACCGAGAAAAGAUGGAAUCUGUUGCCUUGCCUGGUUUCUGCCGAGGGCUACUUCAUCUCACUAUCCUGGAAUAAGAUGAAGUCCAUUCUGGAAAGCCAGGCUAAUAUGUCAUCCUGUCACCCAGUUCAAGUAAAGAAUGAAUGGGCCUGACUCAAGCCUUCAGAAUCUCCCAAAAGAAGAGUCACCGGUGACAGGAGAAGGGCUUGCAUCCCCUGCAAGGCUGUUUGAAAGCGUGUCCUGAGAGAGAGCUGUCAGGUGGCCCUGCUUCAGCCGCCCCCUACACUAUGGUGCCUCUUCGGAUCUGGUCCUUAGGCAAAGAAUGGAGCUGUGGGCUGCCCUAGGUGGCUGAGGAACUCCAGCUGGGGUGGCUGGAAUUGCCGAGUGAGGAGUCAUUGCCACCAGGCUCAGGUGACAGUGAUGUCAGAAUGAGGGAGAAAAGCUGUCAUUACUUAAUUGGUUCCUAAAUCAACCUCUCAGAGGCUCUGAAGAAAGGGGGAUGUGGCUUCCUCGCCUCUGUACAAAUGAAAUGUUUUGGUCCUGGCCCCAUUGUCGUUUCUGCUCUAAGUCGUUCUAGCAUUUUUCUGCACCUGAAGUUCAGAUAAAUAAAAUGAAGCACUUUAUCCUUGAAAACUUUA